GGGACGUGGGAGGGGAGGCGGGAAACAGCAUAGUGGGUGUGGGGUCGCGCAGUUCCUUCUGCCAGGAGGUUAGGAGGUUCCGACAUGGCGGUGCAACCUAAGGAGACGCUGCAGCUGGAGAGCGCGGCCGAGGUCGGCUUCGUGCGUUUCUUUCAGAGCAUGCCGGAGAAACCGACCACCACGGUGCGCCUUUUCGACCGGGGCGACUUCUAUACGGCUCACGGCGAGGACGCGCUGCUGGCCGCCCGGGAGGUGUUCAAGACCCAGGGGGUGAUCAAGUAUAUGGGGCCGGCAGGAGCAAAGAAUCUGCAGAGUGUUGUGCUUAGUAAAAUGAAUUUUGAAUCUUUUGUAAAAGAUCUUCUUCUGGUUCGCCAGUAUAGAGUUGAAGUUUAUAAGAACAGAGCUGGAAAUAAGGCAUCCAAGGAGAAUGAUUGGUAUUUGGCAUAUAAGGCUUCUCCUGGCAAUCUAUCUCAGUUUGAAGACAUUCUCUUUGGUAACAAUGAUAUGUCAGCUUCCAUUGGUGUUGUGGGUGUUAAAAUGUCCACAGUUGAUGGCCAGAGACAGGUUGGAGUUGGGUAUGUGGAUUCCAUACAGAGGAAGCUAGGACUGUGUGAAUUCCCUGAUAAUGAUCAGUUCUCCAAUCUUGAGGCUCUCCUCAUCCAGAUUGGACCAAAGGAAUGUGUUUUACCUGGAGGAGAGACUGCUGGAGACGUGGGGAAACUGAGACAGAUUAUUCAAAGAGGAGGGAUUCUGAUCACAGAAAGAAAAAAAGCUGACUUUUCCACAAAAGACAUUUAUCAGGACCUCAACCGGUUGUUGAAAGGCAAAAAGGGAGAACAGAUGAAUAGUGCUGUAUUGCCAGAAAUGGAGAAUCAGGUUGCAGUUUCAUCAUUGUCUGCGGUAAUCAAGUUUUUAGAACUCUUAUCAGAUGAUUCCAAUUUUGGACAGUUUGAACUGACUACUUUUGACUUCAGCCAGUACAUGAAAUUGGAUAUUGCAGCAGUCAGAGCCCUUAACCUUUUUCAGGGUUCUGUUGAAGAUACCACUGGCUCUCAGUCUCUGGCUGCCUUGCUGAAUAAGUGUAAAACCCCUCAAGGACAAAGACUUGUUAACCAGUGGAUUAAGCAGCCUCUCAUGGAUAAAAACAGAAUAGAGGAGAGAUUGAAUUUAGUGGAAGCUUUUGUAGAAGAUGCAGAAUUGAGGCAGACUUUACAAGAAGAUUACUUCGUCGAUUCCCAGAUCUUAACCGACUUGCCAAGAAGUUUCAAAGACAAGCAGCAAACUUACAAGAUUGUUACCGACUCUAUCAGGGUAUAAAUCAACUACCCAAUGUUAUACAGGCUCUGGAAAAACAUGA